AUGAUUCGAACCCUGAAUCUGACGCUCUCGUCAAGAAUCCUUUAUCUGGUUCAGCCUGAACAUGAACAAGAUUUUGAUCAAACUGCAACUGCCAUUGCGCAACUUGAAAUGGUGCAUACCGGGAAAAAUGUUGCUACUGUUAUGUCUAAUCUUAAACGGGGGCCCAAGAAGGAUAAUGGCAUCAGAGUGAAGCCAAAGGAUCUCAAAAGUGAGAUUGAGUUCUCCAGGGAAAGCAAAGACCAUAUUGAUUGUGGAUUCGGGUUUAGUCCUGUGACAAGCCAAUAUAAGGUGGUAAGAAUAUUUAGUCAGUACAAGUCUGAUGUUGUCAGAGGAGAGGAGUGGUAUGAUGGUAGGUUGGCUGGGAUACGUACUCUUGGUACAGGAUCAUGGAGAAGCAUUGGUUCUGCUCCAUUCUCCGUAUUUAAACUAGCUUUCCCUACUUAUUUGAAGGGGGCUCUUCAAUGGCUUUGCCUUGACUUUAAGAGUUCAGAAUUUAUAGUUUCUUUUGAUAUGGACAAAGAGCACUUUCAAUAA